GUCCAGAGACAUUACCAGCUAUAAACUCAAGUUUUAAUGCAGAGUACAAGAGUGGUUUGGCUGAGAAAUUCUUCUGUUCGCCACUUUGUCAUGACCUUUCCCCCAGUCGGCAUUCCAUUUCUGACGGUCUUCCUGAUGGCAACCGGGAGCUUGGUGGACGGGACACUUCCCAAAGCUCCUCAGAUUACCAGUCCCUUGGAGACGGUGGACGCUUUGGUUGAAGAUGAAGCUUCUUUCCUGUGUGGUGUGGACUCAUAUCCAGCAGCUGAGAUAAUCUGGACUCGUAAUAACAUUCCAAUAAGACCAUUUGACACACGCUACAGCACUAAAGAAAAUGGCCAGAUAUUAACUAUCCUCAGUGUUGAAGAUACAGAUAAUGGAGUGUAUUGCUGCACAGCGAACAAUGGUAUAGGGAGCUCUGUGCAAAGCUGUGGAGCUCUGCAGGUGAAAAUGAAACCAAAGAUCACUCGACCACCUACUGACGUCAGAGUGCUGCUAGGAUCAAAGGUUGUGUUACCUUGUAGUACAAUGGGCAACCCAAAGCCAGCCAUUUCAUGGAUCAAAGAUGAAACUGCACUCAAAAAAGAUCGUCCUCGAACCUCUGUCCUUGAGUCUGGGAACUUAAGAAUUCGCAGUGUUCAAAUUGAAGAUGCAGGACAAUAUCGUUGUCUGGCAAGGAACAGUCUGGGCCUGGAGUAUUCCAGAUCAGUAACUUUGGAAGUUCAGGUCCCUGCCAGAAUUGUGAAGGCUCCCACAUCGCAGAAUGUCACUUUUGGGUCUGAGGUGAUUCUGCAAUGCAAAGCCACAGGCUUCCCUAUUCCCACCAUCAAGUGGUUAGAGAAUGGAAAACCAGUUUCCACGGUCUUGAUUGAAAGCCGCAUUAAAGGGGAAGUGAUGGAGUCUAGAUUGCGUGUGCAUGUUACCAGGCCUUCACUGUUCACUUGCUUGACAACAAACAAACACAAUGAGGGGAGUACAACAGCAAAGGCCACUGCUACACUUGGUAUCACAGAAUGGAGGUUGUACAGAGGUGACUUGGGCUAUUGCAGUACCUAUCGCGGUGAGGUAUGCAAAGACAUACUUGGGAAAGACAAACUCGUUUUCUUCAAUUCUUCUUAUGCCGAUGCAGAGGGGACACAAGAGUCGAUGGCCAGGAGUGCAUGGACAGAAUUGGAUGGCGUCAGCUUGCUGUGCAAACCAGCUGCUGAGGCGUUGCUGUGUCACUUCAUAUACCAGGAUUGCAACCCAUCUGGUUUGGGGCCUGCACCGAAAGCAGUGUGUCGCGAACACUGCCUGGCUGUAAAAGAGCUUUAUUGCUACAAAGAGUGGCUCUCAACGGAAGAACAUUCACGCAAAGGAAUUUACUCUGCAGGCCUGAAGCUACCUGACUGUGACAGGCUUCCUAGCCUACACCAGGAUCCAGAUGCAUGCACUAAAGUCUCAUUUCUUGACAUGAAGAGAGGACUCAUUACCAAAAUGUGUUACAGCGACAAUGGAAGGUUCUAUCAAGGUUUGGUAAAUGUGACAGCAUCUGGUAUCCCCUGUCAGAAGUGGAGUGAACAGGCUCCCCAUUUCCACAGGCGUAUGCCAGAGUUAUUCCCAGAACUGACCAACUCGGACAACUACUGCCGUAAUCCAGGAGGUGAGAGUGAGCGCCCUUGGUGUUAUACCAUGGAUCGAACGGUGAGAUGGGAAUUCUGCAAUGUGCCUCUGUGUACUAAUGCUACCUCAAUAACGGGUGUGGAGCCUAAAGAAGGAACAUUAGACACACCCACCCUCACUUCUGCUACCUAUUCUAUGACCAUCAUCAUUUCCAUAAUCUCAAGCAUCGCAGCUUCUGUUCUUUUGAUAAUUAUAAUCUUUACUUGUCACCGUCGUCAAAAGGAAUGGCAGAACAGGAAAAGCUACAGAGGUACUGAAACACCUACCCUGGCAGCUCUUCCAUCAGAGCUGCUACUGGACAGACUUCAUCCUAACCCAAUGUACCAGCGUCUUCCUCUCCUUCUCAACCCUAAACUGCUGAGCCUUGAGUAUCCAAGAAAUAAUAUCGAGUAUGUGAGGGAUAUUGGAGAGGGAGCUUUCGGAAGAGUGUUCCAGGCCAGAGCCCCUCAGCUGUUGGAACAGGAGACUUCCGCUAUGGUGGCCGUGAAGAUGCUGAAAGAAGAGGCUUCGCCUGACAUGCAAGCAGAUUUCCAGAGAGAGGCAGCCCUCAUGGCAGAGUUUGACCACCCAAACAUUGUCAAAUUAUUAGGAGUGUGUGCUGUCGGAAAGCCAAUGUGUCUGCUCUUUGAGUACAUGGCUUUCGGAGACCUGAACGAGUUCCUACGCACGAGGUCAGCCGCCAACAUCCGCACCUUAAGUCAGGCCAGUUUCUCACAGCGGAGUAUUGGCUCGGGCAUGGAUCUGACCCCCCUCAGCUGCGCAGACCAGCUCAACAUUGCCAAGCAGAUCUCAGCUGGCAUGACUUACUUGUCCGAGCGCAAGUUCGUCCACCGGGACCUGGCCACGCGCAACUGUUUGGUGGGAGAGAACCUGGUGGUGAAGAUUGCUGACUUCGGACUCUCUAGGAAUAUCUACUCUGCGGACUAUUACAAAGCUAAUGAGAAUGAUGCCAUCCCCAUCAGGUGGAUGCCACCUGAAUCUAUUUUCUUCAAUCGUUACACGACCGAAUCUGACGUCUGGGCUUAUGGCGUGGUCCUUUGGGAAAUCUUCUCUUCUGGCAUGCAACCCUACUACGGCAUGGCUCACGAGGAGGUGAUUUACUACGUCCGAGAUGGGAACAUCCUGUCGUGCCCUGAGAACUGCCCGCCAGAGCUGUACAAUUUGAUGCGUCUCUGCUGGAGUAACAUGCCAUCCGACCGGCCGAGCUUUGCAAGCAUCCAUCGCAUUCUGGAGCGCAUGCACAAGAGAAUGACAGUCAUGGUGCCUGUCUAAUCCCCUUCUAACUCUCUAUCACUCCAUGUCCUGGACUCCGUAUGAGAAUGGUGAGCAUUGCGUUGACUGGCUUGGCUGCCAUGGACAACAGAAGUGGAGACACAAUGUGCCACCAGAACACACAGGAGCCAACAUUUAGGCCACUGCAGAACUCUCCCUUUCUGAAUCUUGUGUUUUAUGUAGCGUUUUAAAGACACCAGCCCUCAUGUCCUUUAUUCAGGAGUUACAGUAUGAUUUUGUAUACGUGAUGUAUGACAGCAUAUUGCGAGGGUUUCUGAUAGAAUAGAUAAGGGGAAACUGUUUCCACCAGCGUUGGGUCAGUGACCUGUGGUCAUAAAUUCAAGAUAAUUUAUUUGAUCCUUGCAUGGGAUGUGGGUCUGACUGGCAAAAUCAGCAUUUGCUAGGCACUCCUCAUUGCCCUCGAACAAGAGUUGCUUAUUGAGCCAUUUCAGAGCAGAGCAGAGGCAAAUCAUAUUUCUAUGGGUGCGAAUACAGAUGUAGGCCAGGCCGGGCAAGGAUAACAGACUUCCUUCCCCAAAGGACAUUGGCGAAUCAAAUGGGCUUUUACAGCAAUUAACAAGGGUUAUAUGGUCGCCAUUUUGCAAAGCAGAAUCAGCAGGACAAUAUGAGAUAACAAGGUGUAUAGCUGGAUGAACACAGCAGGCCAAGCACCAUUAGAGGAGCAGGAAAGCUGACGUUUCGGGUUAUCUCACAUUCUCCAGUGUCAGCAGUUCCUACUAUCUCUGUAACAGCAGGAAAAUAGUUCAUUUUAAAUCGCAGUGAUUUGUUAUUGCAGCACCUGAAAAGAUGAUGGAAACAGAUUCUACAGUCACUCUCAGAAUGGAAUUGACUCUUUGGGGAAAAAGGAGAAUUUGUCAGGACUUGGAGAGACAGCAGUAGUAGGGGGACAGCAAUGGGAGGAAUUGGAGAGCUUUCUGGAGCGCUUUCCACAGAACCAGUAAAAGUUUGAUGGGCUGAAUCACCUCCAUCUGUUCUGAUGGCUCUAUUACCAAGACAGACUUUAACACAAAGCAGAAUUAUUUCAAUCACUGACUACUGAUGAGGUAUUUUUUCUUUAAAUUCAUGCUGCACUGGUAGUUUAUCUUCUUGAGGAAUAAGUAUUGUAGAGAGAUAGCAGAUGAAUUUCAAUAGCCACCACUGAAAACCUGAGUCCAUCAACAGAGAGGAGGCCCAAUCCUCAUAUUUGUAAGUAACUGCCGAGCAGAGAUACAUGCUGCUGAAAGGUUUGCUUUAUUGAGUAAAUUAGUGCAAUGGAUAUGUCACACUGAAAUUUUGGCUUAACUAUCACGCAGAGGGAGGCACUUUACCAAUGUUGUGAAUAAUGGUGAAAAAUGCAGCGACGUUGUACACUUUUCACUGUAAUCUUGUACCCCAUACUUGAGUACACACGACAAUAAACCCUAAAUCUAAAUCUAAAUCCCCACAGCGUGGUUCCAACGGAGUUGGCCAGAGAUUCAUCGAAACACUGCAGAUAACAGCCGUUGAGCUAACUAUUGAACUAUUUAACUAGGCUGGACUGCCCUGUACUCGAACAAAUUGUAACUGAGUAAGAAUUUGUUCUGAGGAGCCUUGUUUUGAGGUGAGCUCCUAGAUCCUUUCCUUCGCACUGUGCACUUCAGUACUGCCUCUCCAAAGCCGUCUUUCAAAUCUGCUGGUGAUUUUCAGAUUCUGGUGUACUGAGUUAGGUAUGCCCGCAAUCCUUCAUGGAUCGUACAAACUGAACCUUUUUGUCUACAGCCAGAGCAUUUUCAUAAGAAAGAAUAGGCAUAAUGCAACACACAACUCUUCAGAUUUACCUAUUGUUUAGCAGCGCUUGUUCUUUCUUGUCUUCUUUAAGUGCAAUCUGAUGGAAAUUUCAUGCUCACAAUGAAGUGUUGUCAACACAAAAGAGAGCUUGGAAUUUGAGAAAAAUCAAAAACAAAACCCACAACUCAACAGUCCCCAUUGAUUCCAGCCAUGAAUAGUUGUUCAUCUUUGUGGGCACUACAAUUAGCAUGAAAACCCACUCUCACAUCAAAAUCUCUCAAGGCUGUUACAGAGCAGGGCAUUUGGGUGAAUGUCAGAACAUUUUCUACAGAUGGUGCAGUUGCAGUAAACUUAAUUAGUACUGGAAGGGCUGAGUCCCAACUCUUAGUUAAACUUCAACCACUAAAAAGGCAUAGUCAAUGAACAAAAUGAAACUAUAAGUUUGACAAUGUGUAUUCACAUUAUUGGCACACAUUAGACAGAUGCCUGUGUCAUUUUCGUGAAUGCCAUUGUGAUACUCUGCUUUCCAGCUAUCUUGAAACACAUUGGAGAGAUAAUGCAUGCACCAGGGUAACUUCACGUUUUUAAUUAGACUGGUGCACAAUGAUGUACUGUGUCAGAUACAAAUUACAUUAUUUUUAACCAAAUAUCCUCUAAUAUACAGCACCGAUUAUGUAAGGGUUCCUUUGGUCCCAUCCAUAACCCCUUGCUACAAGUUGUCUAAGAGACAGUAAUGAAUAUCAUGUUUAUUUCCAGAGUUUAGAUUUCUUUUCCUGUUAUACAUUAUCAACUUAAAGUUUUUGAGAAGAUUUGUAGCUCAGGUUGUGGAUGAGGUUGCAGACUUGCUUGCUGAACUGGUGUGUUUGGUUGCAAACGUUUCAUCAUUCUGCUGGGUAACAACAUCAGUGCGCCUCUGGUGAAGCAUUGGUUUUCUCAUCCGCUUGCUAUUUGUGUUCCUCAGUUUGCUGGGGUCGUUGGCAUUACUUCUGGUUAUGUAUUUCAGUGGUUUGUAUCACGGGUCCAGUUCAAAGUGUUUGUUGAUGGAGUUCCGGUUUGAACGCCAGGCCUCCAGAAAUUCCCUGGCAUAUCUGUUUGGAUUGUGCGAUUAUGGGUGUGUUGUCCCAGUCAAAUUUGUGUCCUUCUUUGUCUGUGUCCCGCAACCCGGAAUUGUGCAAAGUUUUUAAAGGAAUGGAUAUCCCAAAUGCACAAUCUGCCGUUACCUCCACAACAGACCACAACAAGAAAACACAUCACAGCCAGGCACACUAGUCACCCUAUGUACAUCAGGGACAUAUGAGAGAUGACCACAAGACUGCUCAGACCCCUUAGGUAUCAGGGUAGCCCACAAACCAACAACCACCCUGUGACAGCUACUGACGAAUGUAAAGGACCUCAUGCCCACAACCAAUAAAACUAAAAUAAUAUACAAAAUACCAAGCAAACCACUGAGAAAUAGAACCGGAAAUAAUGCCAGCCAUCCCAGCAAACAGAGGCAUAUAAAUAACAAACGGGACAGAACACCAACUCUUCACCGCAGGCACACUGACAAUGUUACCCAGCAGGGUGAUGUUUGCAACUGAACACACCAGCUCAGCGAGCAAGUCUAAAACCUCACACAUUAGCAAUCUUUCCUCUUAAAAUGUCUGUGUAUUUUGACUCCAUUGCUGCUGGUCUAAAUGCAGGUGUUUGGCUGGGGAGGUUAACCCACUUGAAGACCAUACCACUGUAAGGGGCUCAGGUUGACUUUUUUUUGCCGAGAAUUUGUAACAAUCUACCACUCUCUGCAUUAUUGAGGGAGGGAUAAUUAUGCUUUCAUUGGGAGGCAUUAAUGGAAUUUUGAUCAUGAACUUUAUACUACGGGCUCUUUUUAAAGAGACUCUGUAAAUGUUGCUCUAAACACGAUUUGCUUGCUGUAAUUCAAGCCCGCCUCCAGUGUUUUCACCAAUACAUUGAUGCCAAUAGAUACUGUAUUAAAGCAGCACACCAAUUUUCAAUUGUGUGUAUUACCAUGCAUUCGCUGUAUAUUGAAAGGUUAACAUGUGUCUUGUAACUUGAACUGGCAACAUAUGUUCGUGAGUCAGGGCAUAUGAUUCUGUGAAUACACCAGCAACAAUGGAACAGAAUAAGAAUAUCGAGACAAACUAAUCUAUCCUAUAAAAUUCAGCCCAAACUUAGUUGAAUCACAGCUCAGUGAGACUCACACAUUUCUCACCAUAAAUCCAGCAUGGGCAUCAUUCUGGGUUAGAGUGCUCAGACUGCUACAGCAUUUUAAAACAUAUCUUACUUCAAUCUAAAUGUUUUAUAAACACAAGAAUCCUGUCUUCCAAAUGCCUUAAGCAAUUUCAUUUCUAACUACUGAGCACACUUCCAGUCAGGCGGGAGCCAGGCAAUGUAAAUCUGCUAUUGCUGGCCGAUAUCCAAAUUGUAGCUCUCAGUGUCAGACCAGUCUCAACUGUAGUGUAAAUGCACCCUUAGUACAAAAUAAAUCCACCUCAUAGAACCAUGACUACAAAACCAUCUGCCCUUCUCAUGUCUGGAAGGCUGAGGAAACAUAGGCGUGUGUUGUCAUUUAUUGCAGAGCAGGGUUGGUAGCUGGUGCAAAACUCAGUGCUGACUAUAAGCUGAGGCAAUGGACAUAGGACAAGGACAGAAAUCUUAGGAUGCGUCCUGCUGUACAAAAGCAUUCUCCGGUUCUGCUUGGUUUUUGUUCCUACAGCAUUGGAUUCCAUUUGCUGCCUCCAUGUUUAAAUCAGUUCACUCAAAGUUACACUUUGUGUGACCAUUUAAAAUACUGCAGUAUGCCACUGAAUGAUUUGUUAUUGCCAGAGUGCUUGAAUUAUCUGAAAUAACCAUUCAACAGCGUUAAUGUAAAUUUUUAUAGUGAUACAACCAUUAAAUACUGUUUCUAGUGAUACUAAACAGGAUAGGAGCAGGACCCACUAAUUGAACUCAACUGCAAACUAUUCUAGAUGAAUGCAGUUGUUAGAAUUUAUAUGUUCCUUUAUAACUCAAUCAUGAAAUCCUUCUGUCCCACGUUGACUUCAAGGUAUUUCUUCAAAUGACUGUAAAGAUUUCUUCAUUGCAGUUCUUUAUAACAAAUCCUUUCUGUCUUUUGCAUCAUUGCAAAAUCAUUCAAAAACUGU